AUGGACAAACAGAAGAAAACCACGGUCCACUCUUUGUCACUCCCGUACCCGGAGCCACAGUGGCCUCCCAUCUCUACUGAGAACGAGCAGGCAAUACUGCGAUUUCUCCUCCCCCUUCUCCAGCCCGUUGGUGACUUCAGACGCGCCCAUGUCCCUCGCUCGAAAGGCAAAGGAAGGCCCCGGAAGGCGAACAAUGACAAAAAGGAAGACAGCUUGCCGACAUGGAUGCCAGAUGUGUAUGACCACCUGACCGUCGGAUUUAACAGUACGGUACGCAGACUUGAGUCACUUGCACGGGGCCAGAAACCCCAGAUCCUCGUUGACGACACCGACGUCGAGCAGCCAGAGCCCGGAGUGAACCUUUCGGUCGUCCUCGUUUGCCGCGAAAACCUGCCGGAUAUCAUGACAUCCACCCUCCCACUCCUCAUAGCCACGUCGGCUUCCAAGCCUACGCGAGCCAAGCUAGUCAAUAUAUCUGCAGAAGCAGAGGAGCAGAUUGCGCAAGCACUAUAUCAGCGUCGCAUUGGCGUACUUGGUAUUGAUGUGGAGACUGUUGGUGCAGAGACUCUGCUGCAUUUCAUACAAAAUACCAUUGCCACGGUCGAUGUACCCUGGCUUGACCAAAUAUCCCCUCCGGUCUAUCAUCCCGUCAAGGUGAACACAGUUGUGACUGCGGCCAAGACCAAGCCGGCUGCCACAGGUCGCAAAAGAAAGAGGCUUGGAAAUGGCUGA